AUGCCAUCACUUGUUCCUAUUACCACGAGCUCUAGGACGGUUAUUCCGUUGAAUGGUUCUGGCCCAGACGUGUCUGCGUUUGGUUUUGGUCAGUAUCAAAAUAUAGGAUCCAACUAUGGCAUAUAUGGAGGAGGUUACAACCAACAACAAACCAUUGGUAGCAAUCACCGAGGUAUCAACGAAAAGCAGAGGAUAAUAAUGGCAUUGAAAUCGGGAAUACCAUCGGAAGUCGAUUGGGCGUUGAUGAGUUUAGCGAGAAACUCAAUUCAUCCUUAUUUGCUGUUUGAAGAAGAUGCCUUCAUUGCCCAUGAAUUGAUCAAAUAUUUGUGCAAGCCAUUUCAGUUGAUUCAUGAUAAAAAGUUCGACCUGGUAAAUCAAAGUAUGAUGACACAUAGCUUGGAUGCCUUAUUAACUUUGCGAAACUCGGUUCAAGAUUUGAGCAACCAGCAAUGGUUGUCACAAGUUGCCAGUUUCAAGAAACAGUUGAUUGAAAUUUUAAGGAUCUUGUCAAAUUGGUUCUUUCAGCCCGGAAAACAAAUAAAAGAGCUAGUCAAUAUUGAGGAUCAAUUUGCAGAGGCAUUGCAUUACUUAAUCGACUUGUUAGAACCUUUGACGUGUUACUAUAUCAACAAUUCAAAAAAUGACGUACUUUUCAACAUAUUGAUGCAGGUACUUUAUGUGACUGAGGACAAGGAUUUGUUUAUAAACGCCCUCAAAUGUCUUUCUCACUUGCUCAUUACAUGGCACAAGAACUCGAAAGUUUCAGACGAUGAUGAUGAUGAUGAUGGCGACAUGGACAAAAACACUCAAGCAUUGGAACAAGAUGAUGAUGAUACCAAAGUCACCAACAAUUGUGUUGAUGCUAUAACCGAUCAACAAUUGGAGCACAUAGUCAAUACGUUGCUAGUUGGUGACAAUGAUUUGAACAAUGCAGUCUUGGAUUUUUUGAAGAUGUACCUUUUCUCAGAGGCUUUGCAUCAAGAGUACCCCAAUUCUGUGAAGGAUUCACAACGCUUAAGAUUAAGGCAUUUGUUACAGUUGAGCACUACUAAAGCCAACUACGAGACACUUGUUAAGCAGCUUCCCUUACUACUCGUGUCAAACCUUCCAUUAGCAGAACCUACCGAACCCCAACCUGUACCAAAUACAAUUCUCACAAGACGCACUCAGUAUUCAAUUGCUCCACUCGCGGCGCCGGAGUUGACCAAAGAUUUGUAUAGAAUAAUGCUUCAAUUCCCGGAACCAGCCAGAGCAACCACGUGGUUACAUUGUUGUUAUGAACCAACAACGAGUGAAGAAGUUGAAGUUACUCAGAUUUCAAUUUGGAAAUCGUAUGAGACACAGUUUCAGGAAAUUUGGAAAGUUGAUGGGAGGGACAGGAACCCCAAUUUGCAUCCAUUGUUACCUGCCGUUGAUUUCAUCAAGAAUGUUACCAAGGCGUUCCCCAAUGCUGAGGCAAAAGUUUUGACCGUGCAAACUGAAGGGGAAGAACAACCUAGAAAGAAGUUCAUUAUUCAAGGUAUUCAACCUAGACAAUUCCCAGUGAGUAUAGAAACAGGAAACUACGAAGCAUUGAAAUCCUUUUCGGAAACAUCCCAGCAAGAAGGUGUUGCCACUUUACCAAUUGGCCAUUUUGAUUCAAGGGGAUUCGAAAACUUUGUUGCUUCUGAACUGGAAUUAAUCUUGAGCGCAGAAAAUCAGGUAUCUUUAUCGCAUUUAAAUUCAAUCAAUGAGACAAGUCGCGAGAUUUUAGAGUACAUAUUUCAGGAGAUUGUGGAGAAGGAACAUGACCAUGACCAUGUGGCUUCUAAUCUUUUCAGAUUGCAUAAUAGCUACUGGUUGCCAGAUUUGAUUUACGCAAAUCCCUCUCUAGUUGAAUCUGGAAUCAUUAAUAGUAAAUGGCUACAGUAUCUUUUAUAG